CUUGAUAAGUGGUAGACUUUAGACCUUCUUAGAUAACGUGAGGGCCAAUAUAUACUGGAGGUUCGUUGAAAGCUUUAAACACUUGAAAGAAGCUGUUUGGAGAGCACAACACAUACUCUUUCAACACACUAUACCACUGAAAUCCAUAAUGGACUCAUUCAAGACUCCUCUGAGGAGAAAGCUAGACAGCCUUGAGUGCCACUUCACCUGGAACCUCAGUGGCAGCAAGCGGCAACGUGUUGAAGGUCUGAGGGAGUAUUUGGAGGAAGUUCGUAAAGGUGGUGGCUGUCCUUGGGAGGGUCACCUGUACAACCUGCUGGGUUACAUCGUCUACCACAUCACAGACUCCGCAGAGGAGGCACUGGCACACCUGCGACAGGCUGAGGUGGCUCUCAAAGAGCGAGAACCGGAGGGCAGAGGACCUCGUCUGCUGGUCAACCAGGCUAACCUGGCCUGGGUGCACUACCAUUUGGGCGAGCUGCCGAAGUGCCACGCUUGUCUGGAGGAAGUGACCCGGCUCCAGGAGGAUUUCCCUGCACCUCCCGGGUGUGAACUGCAUCCAGAGGUUUAUGGGGAGAAAGGCUGGACUCAGAUUAAGUUUGAACAUGAUUUGAAGAAGCAAGCUGUAGCUAACUUUGAAAUGGCUCUGAGAGGAGACCCAGAUAGAAAAGAGUGGCACGUAGGCCUCGCAUUCGCCAAGUAUAAAGUUUAUUAUGGUGUAGGGAAUGGAAAGUUGAGUGAAGAAAUUCUAAAGCAAAUUGAACGUGCAAAGACAAUGGAUCCAGAUAAUCUUCGCAUUUCAGCUCUCUACUUGGUUGCUUUGGCAGCGGUUGGCCAGAAGACAGAAGAGACUACGAGAGAGGCCGAAAAACUAGUCCAACAGAUAAAACCCGAUCAAGAUGGCCUUGGAGAUCUUCUCCAUUUCUUCCGCGUAUAUGAUUCACCAGAUAGAGCUUUACAAAUAGCAGAAGAGUCAGUGGAAAAAUACCCGUCUGAAAAAGUAGGCAAAAAGCAGCUGGCUCAUUGUUAUAGAAGGAAAAUUUAUGAAUCAGUGGAGAACAUAGAUCAGGAGUUGAUGAGAAAAUCCCUUGAUAUUUAUGAAGAGGUCAUUAGCCUUUACCCAUACAGAGAGGACUUAAAAAUGAAUAUUGCAGGAUUAUACGCUCAAUCAGGCAACAUCGAGAAAGCAGAUCGGAUAUAUGAGUGUCUUCUCAGUAAAAGUGAAGACCUGGAGCCUAAGUGUCUACAGAUGUUAUACUCUAGAUAUGCAAAGCACCUUAUUUGGGUUAAAAACUUGUCUGUGAAAUCCAUUGUUUACCACAAAAAGGUUGUAGAAAUCCAAGUUCAUUCUUGGGAGAGACAGGACAGCUUGACAAUUCUCUGGAAAAUUGCAAGGAAUAACAACCAUCCAAAAUCUGAAGAAAUCCAAGAUUUUCUGUUCAACCAUCUGAACUGAUCAUGUGUAGUUUGUCUACUCGUCCAGAUACAAUGAUGCAAUAUUCAGAUACAUCUCAAAUGUAAUAAAUAAAUGUACAAUCAAGAAAUUAUGCAAACUUGCAGACCGAAAAUGUCGGUACUGUACAUACAUUCUUUGCACAGUCAGAUAAUGGAAAGAAAAAGAUUGGUGUGUAAAUUUUGAAAGAGCAUCCUGUAAUGACCACUGUAACAUGUAUCACGUGUUGUAAUCUGUUAUAGUGGCCACUGUAAUAUAGAAUGUUUUAGUAUCACGGCUCUCUGGCAGGUGCCAGCAGAAAGGCCCAGAGGCCUAAUGUCUUCCCCAGCACAGCCCUUCCCCACCCCACCUCCACUCAUAGUGGGGAGUUCCUUCAGCAUGCCUUUGGAACACAAAAACUCAAAGAGCACAUAUGACAAGCUAGGGAAGUCACCAGUAAAGCUAAAGAAGAAGAAAAAGUCUAUUUUCAGCCAUAGAAAUGGCAAAUGUUGUGUUUUGAUUUUUCACCAGUAUUAAUUAUAUUACUGAUGAAAUGCAAAUGAACAAAAUAAAAUGAUGUUUGGAAAGGA